CCUGCAAAAAUUACACAAGCAGGUUCAGAAAAUCAACCCUCCAAAAAAAUUGACGAAUAAAUAUAUGCAAUUGAGCAUCAAAUUAACUAGAACUAAAAAUAUUGACUAGCAAAAAGAAGGCUUCAUCUCUCCCUCUUUCUGUUCGAAUAAAACAACGAAAAUAGAAAGCAUAUCAGAUUUCUUCCUUCAAUCCUGCCUAUCAGAUACAUAGCAAUCGUGAUGGAACAGGGGAUAUUGAAUUUGAUUUCUGGAGUGCACGUAAAACCUGGUAUUAUGACACCUUGAACAGCAUAGAUGGCUGUGAAAUUGAGUUUCAAGUUCAAGCAUGUGUGGAGGAAAGGUUUGGCGAUUGCUCCUCGCCGUUGUGGAGAACCAAUAAGGUGACAGAUGCUUCUCCUCUGCUUCCAAACAACUAUUUUUACAGUAAAUCUUUCCCCUGCAACACAAACACAAGCAAUCGAAGAAGGUAGAAAAGAGCUCAUGGAGAUGAUUCGUAACAUGCCUGAGUUUAGCUACGAGCUUUCUUUGAAAGAUAUGGUUGAUGAACAACACGCAUCAGAGGAGGUCAAAGGGAAAGCUGUUUCUGAAGAUGAAAGCUUUUGUUCUGAAACAGAAGCUCAGACAAAGAAACAAAAGAAGAAGAAAAGGAAGAAAAGAAAGGCAGGUCCGAUAAGCAGAAGUGGAGGUAUGGAGGCUGAUAGUUUCUUAAUAAAGAUGUUUUUCCCAAGUUCUCUAAGUUUCAAGAAGAAUCAAAGGCUGAAAAUAGCUCCAAGGUUUCCCCUAGUCCAUCCUCUGAGGGAUCUGGGAAGCCUGACGAAAAGCAACGGUGGGUUAAAAGGAUUUUCAUCCGGAGGGAUCAUAAAAACAGAGAUGAUAACAGCAGCAGCAACAGCAGUACAAGCAGGCAUGCUAACAAGACUUCUUUGCCGGCUUGCUGGCUAUUCUUCCUUUCCAAGAAAAGCAAAGCCAAGAGACAGGAAGAAUUCAUUAUCUGAAAGAGAAUAAAGCUGUAGCAAAUCUGCUAUUACUAGCAGUGGAGAUAACAGAACAGUCCUAACAAGAAGGAAAACGUCUCCUAUAUAGAAUGUCAUUAGCCUCAAGGGGACACCCCAUCCUUUAGAACUCAGUAUUUGAGACUCCAAGUUGAAGACCUCAGGUUCGAAUUUUGAGAUUGAAAGGAGAAAUUUGCCAAAUAGGAGAGGACUAUCCCUGUUGUCUGUCCCAAAAUCAUAUCUUAGAAAAACAAUAAUAAUGUUUUUGACUUAUUUUUACUG